AUAUCACGCUAUCUCACACAGCCCCGUCGCUACUCCGCAUCGCAGCUCUUGCGUGAUUCACAGUCGUGUGUACAUGUUGGCAGACUGCAUAUCGACUGGUCAGUGAGGAGUGACGAGACACAGGAGAGUGACAAGAGACAAGGAGAGUGACAAGAGACAGGAGCCAUGGCUUGGAACACUUGCUGGAACGUCUUCGUGCUUGUUUACGGUGUUAUGGGUGUGUACCUGGGAGUCCCGAGUGUUGAAGGAAGCGGUGACAAGGGCGAGGUGUUUUGGGAGUCAAAACUAAUAUCAGACUUCCUCCAGUCUGGUUACGUGAGGGAGGCUCGGCCUGUCACAUCCGCCAACUCAACGGUGGAUGUCUCGGUGUAUCCCGUGCUGCUCAGCAUCAACAAUAUCAAUGAAGCCGACAACACACUGACAUCAAGGCUGAUCUUGCUCCAGCAAUGGGUCGACAUUCGACUGAAAUGGAAUGCAUCAGAAUAUGGGGGUGUGACCAAUGUGAAGCUCCCGUCAAUGCGACUGUGGCUGCCGGAUAUAGUGCCUUUCAACGCAGCACCGACGGCGGUGUCAGACCCCGUGUAUGAAGAACUAGUUGACGUUUCCAAUGACGGCACCGUAAGAUGGGGACCUCUGAUGGUCGUGUCAUCAAAGUGUCCUCUUGAUGUCACCAAUUUCCCCUUCGAUACCCAAUCCUGCACAGUCGUCUUUGGUUCUUGGUUACACACUCGUCAACAGAUGGACAUGAGGUUCUAUACGGAGGGGGCUAAAGAGAUGGAUAUUAGCAUCUCAGAAAGCUCUCAGGGUAUGCUGAUAAUCGUCGGACUCGUUCUUCUCAUCUCAGUCCUAGCCGAGGCCGUUCCCUUCAACCACAGCAGCACACCACGUGUAGGUCUCUUCUACUUGAUCACCCCUCAUGCUGACUUGCUUCCAGCAUGGUCAUCUCUGUUCUGGCAACCAACCUGCAUACACUACAACGAUUACUACUUCUAUGUUGUCAUCUGA